AUGGGAUCCUAUGCAUGCGCGUGCAAAGCAGGAUACUCAGGAGAUGGAAGAACAUGCACUGGUGAGCCGUUUUGAACUUUUUCUAAAGGUGAUUUAUAUUAGAAGAAAGGAAAUAAUAUCUUUGAUUCUUGAAAGCUGGUUUACUCGCGUGCAGACGAAAAAGGUUUUUGGUAGGUCAGACAACAACAACGACAACAACAGCGGAACCAGCAAUCAUUAUUACUUUACAAUUAUAUAUCUUGUUGAAUAGGCAAAAACUUAGAGUACUGGAUUCUUGGAAAAGCUGUUACAUGUGAAAUUUAAACUCAGGUUAAACUGAGAUUUUCUAACCCAGGUUGAUCCUCGAUUUCCUUAGCCUGUGCGGACCCAACUAUCUUGGAGCCUGGAACAGGCUACGAUUUUCUUUCUCUCCUAACCCUAAUUAUUGACCAUGAAUUAGGGCUAGGAGACAAAGGAAAACCCCACUGGAAAUUUUUGCGUUUCUCGUUUUUCUUUCCAAUAUAGCAGGUUGCGAAUAGCCCGACUUCUUGCUUAGCAAUUUACAACAAUUGAUCAGCCUUUAUGAGGUUGUGAGAUCGCUUGCUAAAACCUGCGACGUUUGAUGCAAUUAAUCUAAGCUGCGAUUUAAGAUUAAUUUUUAUGGCGAUUCAAUUACGACUCUUCAUGACCUUUAUUCAUGCAGCGGUCUCCAUAAAGCGCAUGAAAUGAACGCUUGCCCUCUUAGCGGCUAGCUUACACGGGCCUAAAAUCGGAAAAUCGCCUGUGAAGACGGGCCUUUACGAUGCUUUUCAGGAGCCCUAGGCGAAAGCACCCCCCUGCUCCACCCCCUUCGUAUUCCUUGAGUAAAUACAGCUUUUCAAGACGGUACAAACUCACCCAAUGUAAGUGCAACGAUUUUUUAACCCUUUUUUUUUUUUUUUUUUUUUUUUAAAUCAUGCUUAUGUUAUUUUAUUCCUUUUUCGUUCUCUUCUGCCACCUCUUUGCAAAAUGGGCGUGAUUAUACAUAUUGUUAUUCUUCCGUUUCCAGAUAUUGACGAGUGCACCAGCGGUACUGAUGACUGUCACAGUUCACUUGCUUCUUGUACCAACACAGUGGGAUCCUUUAGUUGUGCAUGUAAUAAUCCUUCCAGCGGAAAUGGCCGAACUUGCAAUCUACCUUCAGGUAACGAGGAAGAUGUUCAGUUAACAAACCCGAAAUCACUUGUGAUCGAUGCACCUUGCGCUGGUUUCGACUUCUUAAACAGUGCUUUACUAUUAACUUUUAUUGGGAUUUGAAAAGAUGGCUUUGGAGACUGUCGACCACCGUGUGGUCACUGGUCACGGAGAAUACUUUUGCUUUUUAUUGUGAGCGAAUAGUCGUGCCAGAAACGGUCCGGCUUGAGAGGGCUUCAGUAUACCGCUCGUCUUGUCAUGAUCAGCAAGUCUAUUUUAAUGCGAUUUCUACAGUUACUUUAAGGCGAGUUGACUUUCUCAAGUUUGGCGAUUGCAGUCUCUAACUCUAAAGACUUGCUAGCCAACGCGAAAAUCCGAAAAGAUUGACAAUACGAAUUAGAACAAAUAUACUUAUAAUAUAUGAAAUUAUACGCGAGUAAAGAGUAUCAGUUUCUCAGUCACAUGUACAGUCGAACAAUUGUCAUAUUAAUCGUUGCGGGAAAAAUUGUCUGAUUUUUCUACCGUACUGUCGUCUUUCAUUUUUAUUUUGAUGGUAUUCUUGUUUUAAAAUUCCUUCGAGUAGUAUUCUUGACUUUGGUCAUGAAAGAGGCUUUUCAUCAUAGCGCCCGCCAAACAAAUCUUUUUGUGCUUUAUCGUCUGUUUUUAACUUGCUAAAAUAAUGGCUCUUAAAUUGGACUUAUUUGGCCUACGUUAUGAAUAGCUGACCCUUAGUUGAUAUCGGGCCAUCCUUGCUCAAUGGAUUUCGAAACUACGUUUUCAGCAUAAACGACCUUGUAUAAAUAAUUAUACUAAUAGUGCCUAUUAGUGCGCUCAUAAGAAAAGAACUUUUCUGAGUUAGCAGUCUUUUGACGAUUGAAUUGCCACAGAAAAAAACUCAAUGUAGCGAAUCCACGCGAAAGUAGUUUAUGAGGUUUUAGUUGAGCACGUUUUUGAAAAUGUCAGUAUUGAACCACCUUCAUGCUUACAACUGUCGUUAUCCGCAGUUAAUUAGCAAUUAUGGUCAAUUAUUAUCAAAUAUGCAAACAUUUUGCUACAUAUGCACGAUCCCAUUUCCCAGGGAGUCACUCGUCAAAGCUACAGGCCGUAUCCAUGUUUUCCUUUUAAAUGAUUUAACGUCGUAUUUAACAGGCGUGGGAUAACUCAUCCGUUGUUAGCACAAGUUAUGUCGAUACCGCUGAUGGCUAAUAUGUAGUGUUUUGUUCCUGUGUUGUUAGUGUUUGUCAUAAGUGAAGGUGUGGUGGAGAAUUUAGGACAAUCACAUGAAAAGUUCCUGUUUGUUUUUGCCGGAGCUGAUGUACAGUAAAUGAAACGUUGCAAAGUUAGACUUUACUAAAAAAGUUAUCCAAUGCCUACCGACUGUUGUUCAUUUUCUCUUCUGUGCCAGAAUGUCAGAACUACGGGAGUUUCAACGAUGGAACCCGAAGAACUUCGUAUAACAGCUACUACUAUUAUUGUGAUAGCGGUCUCGGCCCUGGAUGGUUCCGUUUCCAGGGGUCUUCCGGCACAAGAAUGGCAACAUCAUGUACAUCUUACCUGAGGUGUGGUACUCAUUGUAGCGGCUGGCUAUAUGGUGGACACCCCUCAGUAACGGACGGUCAGGCCACCAGGACGGUUUAUUUCAAUUGA